AUGCGGGUGGGGCCAUCUGGCCACAGACACCGGGCCGGUGACUCAGCCGAGGGCCGUGCGGGGACAAAGCUGCCUGCGCCACCACCGCGCCCCACCUGCGGGCCGCCCGGCUCUCCCCCGCCCUGCGCUCGGCUCCCCUCCCGGAGGGAGGCGCUGACUGUUACCAGGCAGGCUGGGCCCGCGGCGGCUGCGGUUGGCUCCCGCUCGCCCGCCGCCCCCGCGCCGCCUCCGCGCGCGCUGACUCACCCCGCCCCACCGGCCGCCGCCCCGCGGCUCCCCUACCUCCCUGCGCCUGCGUGGGCCGCUGCGCCCCGAGGCUCCCCGCGCGCACGGGAGGGCGCGCGAAGGGCUCUGGGCACGCGGAAAGGCCACCCGAUCCGCUUUGCUGCCCAGGAGGCCCCUCCGCUGUCUUGCAAUUGCCGCCAGCCUGUUACCAUGGCACCCUCCCCGAUGCUGUUUGCGCGCCCAGCAUCCUCCGGGUUUGGGCUCUGCCGCAGUGACGUCACCGCCCAGCACGGCCGCACCCUUGCUGCUUCUGCUCAGGUGGACCACCGAGGCUGA